AUGAAUGCAGACAUCGAAUACAUCGAGUACGACCCCGGAAAUAAACAAGAGCGAUCACAGUACUGGAGGAGCUCGAACUUGAACUGGGCUGUUCAGAAUGGCGACGAGGAGAUAGUGGACGCCCUUCUCGCACACCUUGAUCAAAUGAAGGUCGAGAUCCCAGGUCUCACUGUUGAAUCUGUUGACCCGGCACUAUAUUCUGCUGCUCACAGUGGCUAUUUUACCAUUGUAAAGACGCUGAUCGGCCUUACUCCUGACGCCGUACGACCAGAUGAUUAUUACGACAGGGUGUUAUCUUACGCGUUAGGAGAGGAGGAUUAUUGGUACAACGAGAGAUAUUGCUUUUGCACAAAGCAAGAUGUUGACUCCGGAUCCCGGAAGAAGCCACUAAAAGACCAUUAUGCCAUUGUGAAACUACUACUGGAUCACGGUGCCCACUGCAAUUAUACCGGGUCUUAUUUCUUAUCGUGUAUGCCGGUAUUACUUACACUGUUUAAGUGUAGCUCGAUCUCCAACGGCGUUUUGAAGCUGCUUGUCGAACGCGGCGCGGAUGUGAGCAUUAAAGAAGUACUUCGCGGGUUCAUAGAAACCACGAACCGAUGUGUGUUCUCCAAUGAAGAAACAGCAAAGUUUCUUCUUGACCACGGUGCAGGUUCCAGUGCACUAGAUUACAUCAGUACGGCUGUUCUCAAUGACAACAACAAAAUGGGCUUGAUAGAACUGCUGGUUGCUUUCAGACUUCCCCUAAACAGAAUCAAUGGCUGGAGUGAGAUAACAAAGACGUUCAAAGGCAGGGCUAAAUUGAUGAAGCAACUGUUGGAUCUUGAUGCUAGUACAAAAUACCGAACUGCGUUUCAAUCGGUCAACUCAGAUACAUCAGUCCCAUGGGGAUGCGACUUCCAUAAAGAUAAUUCAAAAGGACUCGAUCAGUUUAGAGGCCCAAUAUCUGAACCCGAACCCGAGAAGCCCGAUUAUGAAACCUGUGUUUCAUUCAUUUACGACUCUAUGAGGCUUCUGUUGAGCUACGGAGCAGUUGGUGACAUUAUAGAUAGCGAAGAACAGACCCCCCUCUACAAGACCGACAACAAGCAUCUUGUGAAGCUUAUCCUAGCCCAUGGAGCUGAUGUGAAUGAGGUGGAUCUAUAUGGUCAAACACCGCUGCAUGCCAUGACAUACUGA